AUGCGGCUUCCGCGCAUUCUCUGGCCUCGCGACUUGGCAUCCCAAAAUCUCCGUCGAACUCUUUCCUGUCAUCAGCGUCUACACACCAUCGCACGUCAGCCACGUCUUUCUAUUCCGCAACCAUACCUACGAACCAAAUGCGCUCUUGAACCAACAAUUACAGGCAAUCAUAAUCCAACACUCACACGCCACACCCACGCUUCGGCCUACAAUGUAGCAAGACACUACAACAUCUCGGACAAGUCCGGCGUAGCUACGCUGGGUGAGAUGGAUGACCCUCAAUCAUAUUGGAGACUAUGGUGCUCGGAGAAUAAUAUGCACGGCUUCAUAAUGUACCGCACAGUGUACAGCACUAGCGACACCGAGUGGGAAGAGGUGAAAGCGGCGGUGCUGCGGCUUUCAGAACCGCACAUUGGGGCGAGCCAAAGAGCUUUUGUGAAUGAUGAUUCUAUAAGCGAGUUCUGGCUGCAGUGGGUAGAGGAGCGACCGGCGCUGAAGGGGAAGGGCGUGGAUUUUGUUAGAGAGCAUUUCGCAAUGCUUGCUGGGGUAACCCCUGAUAUGAAUCGUUCGCCGGACCGGCUACCCGAUUAUUUUGUGUGGGGCGCUGCACUGAUGGUUGAUGAAGCGUCCUUGGUUUCUAUCCAAAGAGCCAUCAAAGAUGCAUCCCUUACGUACGAGGUUUUUGUCUGGGCUGUUGACCCUACUUACGGGCAGUGCGAUGGCGAGGACUGUCCAUAUUAUGAAGACGGAUGUCAAUGCGAUGAGAAAGACGAGUAUUUAGGAUACCACAAAGUGCGGAUAAUGGAGCUCUUCGGAGAGGGUUUCUUUGCCCUUAACCACGGCGUUAUUAGCGAGAUGUCAAGAUACUCAGAUUUCUUUGAUGAGAACCCUAAAUCCAAGACACAAUUCAGUUAA